UUGGCCACGCCCCCUCGGCUCUGAUCCCAGCUGCCACGCUCCAGCCUUCUCUGGACACCAACCAGCUCAAAACACCUCAACAGCUCCACAUCUAAACAUCUAAACAUCUAAACAUCUCCAUGGAGAUACAGACACCAGCGACUGCCAACAUGGCGACCACUGAGGGCGGUAAACUGUGGGGAGGACGCUUCGUCGGGGACACUGAUCCCAUCAUGGAGAAGUUCAACGCUUCCAUCGCUUAUGACCGCAGGAUGUGGGACGCUGACAUCCGAGGCAGCAGAGCUUAUGUCCGGGCUCUGGAGCAGGCGAAGCUGGUCACCACGGAGGAGAGGAGCCGGAUCACCGCCGGCCUGGACCAGAUUCAUGAGGAGUGGUCCAAAAGUGUUUUUGUGAUCAAACCUGGAGACGAAGACAUUCACACGGCCAACGAGCGCCGGCUGAAGGAGCUGAUUGGGACGCCUGCAGGGAAGCUGCACACGGGCCGGAGCAGGAACGACCAGGUGGUGACGGACAUGAGGCUGUGGCUGCGAGACGCCAUCUCCACGCUGACAGACUGCGCCCUGCAGCUGAUGUCCACCAUGGUGGAGCGGGCGGCAGCAGAAACUGACGUCCUGUUUCCUGGUUACACCCACAUGCAGAGAGCUCAGCCAAUCAGAUGGAGCCACUGGAUUCUAAGUCACGCGGUGGCUCUGAGCAGAGACGUGGACCGACUCCAGGAGAUCAAGAGAAGAGUUAAUAUUUUACCUCUCGGCAGCGGCGCCAUCGCUGGAACGCCGUUCGACAUCGACAGGGAGCUGCUGCGGAAAGAGCUGGGGUUUGAUGGCAUCAGUCUGAACAGCAUGGACGCUACGGGACAGAGGGACUUUGUCGCGGAGUUCUUGUUCUGGGCUUCGUUGUGUUUGACUCACCUCAGUAAGAUGGCCGAGGACCUGAUGCUGUACAGCACCAAAGAGUUCUCCUUCGUCUCGCUGUCGGACGCCUACAGCACAGGAAGCAGUCUGAUGCCGCAGAAGAAGAACGCCGACAGUCUGGAGCUGAUCAGGAGUAAAGCAGGUCGAGUCUUCGGCAACUGUGCAGGCUUCAUGAUGACUCUGAAGGGGCUGCCCAGCACCUACAACAAGGACCUGCAGGAGGAUAAAGAAGCCAUGUUCGACUGCUACGACUCAGUUCACGCUGUGCUGCAGGUGACCACCGGAGUCAUGUCCACGCUGAAGAUCAACCAGAGUGUGAUGGAGGCGGCGCUCAGCCCGGACAUGUUGGCCACAGACCUGGCCUACUACCUCGUCAGGAAGGGGGUGCCGUUCAGAGACGCUCACAGUAUCUCUGGGAAAGCUGUGUUUGCUGCUGAAUCCAAAAAUAUCCCUUUAAAUCAACUCACUGUGGAGGACCUGAGUGCUCUGAGUCCUCUGUUUGGCAGCGACGUGUCCUCGGUGUGGAACUACAGCAGCAGCGUGGAGCAGUACAGCGCCCCCGGUGGCACGGCGAGGAGCAGCGUGGAGGCGCAGGUGGAGAACCUGAGGAACUGGCUGAAGACUCGGACUCAGUGACUCCGCCUCCACGCGCUCAGUCAGGUUUACUGCCACAUUAUAUCAGCACGAAACGUCAGAGUGAGGUCAAAGAGAUGUGUUUUAUUUUGUUUCUUUAAAACCAAGCUGCCUUCAAAAGCUCCUUCUCUCUUCUGUGAAUCAAUAUUUAAAUAAGGAACGUUACAGUCUGUUUUACAGGCAAUUUGUAAUAUCUGAUGAUGUAAAAAACUAUCUCCAGACGGAGUUUGAUGCAGCUGAUUAUAAGCAGCUGUUGUCUUCACUGUUACACAGUUUAUAGAUUUACUGAUCCAAGUCCAAAAUGUCUCCGACUGGGAAUAAAAUGAUCUGCUUUGAAAAUUGUUGGAAA